AUGCUGAUGUUACGUAUCAACCAGGCUCCAUUCACAAUGGCUAGCAAUCUGACCUUCUCGGGCCAGCCGGCCAACGUCUCGCAGAUUCCGUCCACGUUUGAGAUCUACGAUAACAGAUUCUUGAACAUUAUAGGCUCUGCUCCUAAACUGGAGGCGCUCCUCAAGAAUGAUGAUGUCCCAUUUGCGCACGAAGCUAGCGUCUUUAUCCCGUCCACUGACGAGCUAUUCUUGACCAGCAAUAUCUUUACGGACCCCGUCACUAACCAUUCGACUAUUCAAAUUUCUAAAGUCAAGGUCAACGCUCAUCCUGUUACCAGUGAUGUUAUAAAAACUACUAUUCCCAUGGCGAACGGAGCUGUGAACCAUGGAGACGGGAUUCUCUUCUGUGGCCAGGGAAAUCAAACCGAAAAGAGCGGUUUAUACCAGAUGUCGAUUGACUCGCCAUAUGAGGCAGAACUACUCGUCAGUGGCUUUCACGGUCGGCAAUUCAACUCGCCCAAUGACGUGGUCGUUCAUAGCGAUGGGUCGAUCUGGUUUACUGAUCCCAUCUACGGUUCUAAACAAGGAUUCCGUCCAAAGCCCCAGUUACCGAAUCAGGUCUAUCGCUUUGACCCUGUCACCAAGAAUGUGCGUGUCGUUGCCGACGGAUUUGGUCGGCCGAAUGGUAUUGCGUUCUCGCCGGAUGAGAAGACGGUGUAUAUCACAGAUACGGCGUAUACUCUUGGUGAUGGCACCAAUGAUCCCACGGGACCGUCCACGAUUUACGCUUUUGACGUGUCCAUCAUCGGCGGGGAACAAUUUCUCACCAAUCGCCGUGUUUUUGCAAUGGCUGACACGGGUGUCCCUGAUGGUAUUAAGCUUGAUAUGGACGGCAACGUGUAUGCUGGCUGUGGAGAUGGCAUCAACGUCUGGUCGCCAGGUGGCGUGCUCUUGGGAAAGAUUCUCAUCAAAGAUGGAGCGGCUAACUUUUCCUUUGGCCGUAAUGGCCAGAUGUUUAUUCUCAACGAGAACACACUUUGGACUGCUCAGCUGAGUCGUUCCGUGAAAGGCGCCCUGUUGAGGAUUUGA